UGAUAAGAAUGACCUUCCUUAUCCAAAUAAAGUCAUGUGAAGGACCGCCUUAUCAAAUCUGGUGCUGAUCGGUUACUCUUGCAGUUGGUAACAAUUUAUUUAUUUCCUUUGGUUUGGAUAAAACAUGGAAGUGAAAAACAAUUUGGAGGAAUUAUUAAAAAAGGCUGUCGAUUUUUUCCGUUCAGAGUUUGGUUUAAUUCCCAAGUUCGCUGGUUAUGGUCCCGGCCGGGUGAAUUUGAUAGGAGAGCACACAGAUUAUAAUGAUGGAUUUGUUUUGCCAAUUGCCCUGAAUCUCGCAACGCUUGUGGUGGGAAGUGCCAACAACUCCGAUAAAUGCAGGGUAAGAACUUGUCUCCAGCUGGAAGAAGAAGCUUCUGCGGAAUUCAUGAUACCUUCUAAACAAAAACUAACUCCUGGCAACCCACAGUGGGCUAACUACAUUAAAGGAGUUGUAGCGAAUUUCAAAGGAGAAGUACAAGGGUUCGAUGCUGUAGUGGUGACAAGUGUCCCUCUCGGAGGAGGACUAUCUAGCAGUGCAUCCCUGGAGGUUGCCACUUAUACCUUCCUUGAGGGUCUGUUUGGAAAAACCACCAGCCCAACAGACAAAGCCUUGGCCUGCCAGAGAGCUGAACAUGAGUUUGCCAACACGCCAUGCGGGAUCAUGGACCAAUUCAUCUCAGUCUUGGGAGAGAGGAACAGCGCACUUCUGAUUGACUGUUUGGAAUUGACCAGUAAGCUGAUCCCCAUGCAUAUGACGGACCAUGUCAUUGUCAUCACCAACUCCAAUGUGAAACACAGUCUCGGCUCCGGUGAGUACGGUGUGAGAAGGAGCCAAUGUGAGGAAGCGGCAAAGAAGCUUGGAGUGAAGAGUUUACGCUACGCCACUUUGGACAUGCUGCUUGCCAAGAGGACGGAGUUGCCUGAUGUGAUUUUCCGCAGGGCAAGACACGUCGUCACGGAGAUUGAGAGAACCAAAGCUGCAGCCGAGGCACUGCCAGCCGGGGACUUGAUCAAGUUCGGACAACUCAUGUACCAGAGCCACGAGUCAUUGAGACAUGACUACGCAGUGUCGUGUCCAGAACUGGACGAGUUGGUGGCUGCGGCAAGAGAAGUGGAGGGAGUUUUAGGCUCUAGGAUGACAGGAGGAGGAUUCGGAGGUUGCACAGUCACUUUAGUUCACAAGGAUGCUUUAGAAUCUCUUAAGGCCAACAUUGAGACUAAGUACAGCAGCACUCCUACUUUCUACACGGCCGUUCCAUCUCACGGCGCCAGACUUGUGGACCUAGGCUUGUAGAUCUUGCCUCACUUGAUAUCAUUUCAGAAAUUCUAUUUUGAUAUUCGACAACCUUAUCAAGAAUUUGUUUUUUACGUUUUAUAAUACUGUUUAAGGAACCGCAUUUGGUGGGUUAACAAAAUAAGCAGUAGACAGUUUCAGAAUAAAAAUAUGAUUGCCUUAUUUUUUAGAAAAAAUAAACAUGAUAGGAAAAAUAUUUUUUUUAUUUAUGCUUAGGAUCAACUCUUCUAUUUUUGUUGCAACCAAAGAUGUAAUACAUAGAUUUGUUUAUGAUAGUUGAGAUUUUGUAACUUUUGUUUAGUAAAUAAAAAAUACUUUGUUA